UUUCAGAAUGCCUUCCUCAAAUUUCCAUGCAUGCCUACCUUUUUGAUCGGAGACACCCAAAUUAACUGUUGGUCCACCUUCAAAGGAGCUUAGGUCUGUGCGUAUAUUAUGAAAUUACCAAAUGAAUGUGCCCUAGUAAUCAAAGUAGCUUUACCUGAUGCCCUUCUUUGUCGAGCGUAAGAACCCGAAGUUGUUAUCAAAUUAGGGCCCUGUGACUUUAUGGCAUCAUCACUCACUUGCUGGUACACAUGUUUACAAAGUCUUCAUGUAUUUGUAAAUGUGUGGGCAGGGAUCUCUCUGGAUAUUCACAGUGAUCUCACAUUGGCUUCUUCCUUCACACCUUUUUGGGGCAGAGCAACAGCAACUACAUGCCAAUAAUUAAAGGAACAUGACGAUUAUGAUGACAAAGUCACCUAUGUCUACCUGUGUCUUCUCUAUCAUCUGUAGAUACAUUUUUUUUAUAAACCUUUUGACAGACCUUAAGUGUUGAGUGGCUGGUAACAUUUGAAAAUAUACCUGCUACUGUAACAAAACACUUUAUUUACACCCCUGUUUAUGAUCACCAUAUUUUCCCAUUUGGCUUCAAAUCCUACAAAUCCUGGAAAUAAACAUUGUUGAAAGAAUCCUGGUAACAAAACAAGAGCUGUAAAGUUUUUUUGUUUUAAGUUUCACACCGAUUUCGUUAAUACAUUGUUUUAUACAGCCUGACUUUAAUCCACGUGUAUAGACAGGAUGAGCCAAUAUUUAAGAUAAGGUGUAACUGAGAGAUAACCACAUACGUGUUCACACAGAUAAGGGCUUUACCCAUGUGAGAUCACAGCCCAAACAGCAAACACCAGGCCGCCAGGGCCAUGAGACUGUGGAACCAGUGACUCAGUUUUUUAGGGAAGUGCACCGUAAUGCUUCAUAUGGCAUAUGUUUUAAACACGAUAGUUAAUAUAAAUUGGGAGGUAUUCUUGAGGUUGUGGAGCACACCCUGAAUAAUCUCUCUGUCUGUAGUUGCCAUUGAUUAACUACUUCUACUGUAAAGGGCUCUAGGAUAGCAACUGCAAUACACUUUUAGAAACAAGUUAUUUCAGCCCCUCCCUCUCACAGGAAGGAAAGCAGAGGGGGUGGAGCCAAAGAGCCAGCUCUGGGGAGAUCAACUAGGAAGCGCGCAGCUCAAAAGAAACAUUUAGCUUCUUAAUUCUAACACAACUGGUUCGUUUGGAGAGAGUCCCAUGAUGCCAGUGACUGCCAAUAAAAGUACUGGGCCUUGGAUUACACUUGCACUUUUUGCAAAUGUCCUUUGUCCUCUCUUAGCCUUCAAAAUAUGUGCGUUUAAUGUCCAGAGCUUUGGAGACUCUAAGUCAGCAGAUGUCCCAGUCAUGCACACUCUCAUUCGGAUCCUGUCCAGGUGUGACAUUGCCUUGCUUCAGGAGGUGAGGGACCACAAAAGAGAAGCCAUCCCCACCCUGCUUGCGGCAUUGAAUAGGUAUGACUCUCACCACGAUUAUGACUUUGUGGCCAGUGAACGCCUUGGGAGGUCUUCCUAUCAGGAGCAGUAUGUGUUUGUGUACAGGACAGAUACGGUCAGUGUGAAAGAUCAGUAUCAGUAUCCUGACACACAGAAAGGGGACGUGGAUGCAUUCGCUAGAGAACCAUUUGUAGUGUGGUUCCGAGCUCCCAGGACUGUGCUGGGUGAAUUUGUUCUGAUACCACAACACACAUCUCCCUCCAAUGCCACAAAAGAGAUUGAUGAACUCUACGAUGUCUUUGUAGCUAUAAAAAAGAAAUGGAGGGUGGAGAACGUGAUGUUCCUGGGUGACUUCAACGCAGCCUGUGGGUACGUGGCAAAGAAGAACCGCAAGAACAUCCGCCUCUACACUGACCCCUCAUUCAUCUGGCUGAUUGGGGAUGACAUAGACACCACAGUGAGGGAAUCAACCAACUGCGCUUAUGAUAGGAUCAUCAUCCAUGGAGAGAACUUUGCCCGAGGCAUUGUUCCCAAUUCAGCAGGUGCUUUCAACUUCGCUGAGGAGUAUCGCCUGACCGAGGAGCAGGCAGAGGAGGUGAGUGACCACUACCCUGUGGAGGUGGCCUUGAGGGUGAGAACUCCUGGUCUUGCCCGUCAGAGAGGCCCUCUGUCCCCUCUGGUCAGAAAUGCGCUGAAAGGCCCAGCUGCACUGGCCAGAAGGCUCAUUAAGGGCCUGAUUCACACGUUCUACAACUCUACAGUCCACAACACCACCAGUGUCUGAGCUGUGCUUCUUAACACACAUGGGGCUGUGGUUAUUAUGGCUGUUGUAGCAGAGAUUAUCCUAUGGCACCUUUCUGCAAUCUUACAUGGCUGUGCAGUAUUGUGUGUGCUAUGAAAAGCCAGUACUUCUGCUAAAUUUGCUGACAUCACUUCCCAGCCGCACGCUUGACUUGGGAUGUGGACAUUUCUGUGCAUGGGCCGCUUUUGACAUUGGGCACAACCUUCCUCGAUUGCAAAGCACUAUAUUGGUGCUUUUAAGUUGUUGAUUCUCAGGGAAGAUGGGCACUAAGUCUUCUCUUUGCUGUGUUCAUGUUCAUCUAAAUAAAACCACUUAAAAUUCA